AUGGACAAAUUGCUUAACUGGUCGUUGGCCCACCAACUGGGCGACAAAGACGCCAUCGCCAAGGUCGGCGACGCCCCGGACCCAAAGCUCCUCAACCAGUUAUUUGGCGGUCCCGAUGAGCCUGGCUUGAUGAAACAGCUGAUGGCGGUGGUGUCCAAUCCUGAAGCCACUGAAGAAGCUAAAGUGACCGCUCUUGAAAACUUUGAGAUGCUUAUCGAGAACUUGGAUAACGCCAAUGCCAUUGGCCAGAUGGGGUUCUGGCCCGUGAUCAAUGGGCAAAUGGACCCGGCCAUCCCCGAAGAAAGACGCGUGUUGGCAGCCUCGAUCGUCGGUAUUGCCACCCAAAACAACCCCCAGUCCCAGCAGGCGUUCCAUGACCUGGAAGGGCUUGGAUCGCUUGUGGUGAUGGCCACAGACAAGCUGAGCUCUGCCUGUCAAUUGAAGGCUUUGUUCGCCAUCACUCUGUACAUCCGCCACUUUGAACCUGGCUACAAACAGUUUGCGGACGCUAACGGGUGGCAAUUAUUGGCUACCACCAAUAUUACCGAUAAAAAAGUGAUGUUGCGGACACUUUCGCUUGUGUCGGCAAUUUUGAGCACGGGGUUGGAUCUGACGAAACUGGACCUCUUACACAAGGCCAAAGUGGUUGAUUUAUUGACGGCGGUAUUACAAGAUCUGACUGAAGGCGGGGCUCACGCCGGCUGUGUCGAUAAGGCUUUAGUGAUCAUUGGUCAAUUAGCUGAUAACGGGUUCGAAUUCACGUUACCGGAAAUCAAUGAAUUGUUAAGAGGCAUCGAAGCCGUCGACUCCCGCCAGGACAUUAGCGAGGACGACUUGAACGCCGCUAAGGCCGCGUUGAACAACCGUAAAUAA